UCCUCAAACUUCCGACAUCUUUGUGCCGCUGCCGACGUAACAACUACAUCCGGGUGACUGUGGUGACCUUCAUUGGUUGAUCAUCAUGGCGGCUAUCGUCAGGUUGAGUUCUGUGUGUCGCAGAGGAGUCAAACCCCUGUUCUACCAAAGCACUUUGUUGGCCAGGCCGCUGGUUGUACCGCACAAAUACCAGGAGCAGCCGUACCAGCUGACAGCAAGGAUCCAUGCGUCACAGGCUCUGUACGCGGGCUCUGGCUCCAAAGCCGCCUCUCUGCACUGGACAGCAGAGAGGGUGCUGAGCAUCCUGCUGCUGGCCAUGGGACCUGUAGCCUAUUUCCACCCCGGCCCUGCCAUUGACUACUCGCUGGCUGCUGCGCUGACCCUGCAUGGACACUGGGGUAUCGGGCAAGUGCUCACAGACUACGUUCACGGGGACGCAAAGAUCAAGAUGGCCAACACGGGUCUCUUCCUCCUGUCCACGGUCACCUUCGCUGGUCUUUGCUACUUCAACUACAACGACGUGGGCAUCUGCAAAGCCAUCGCCCUGCUCUGGAGCAAAUGAAUCUAACUGUGGACUGUAAGCUCGGGAGGACCUAGACACUGGGAUGGGAGCAGUCUCGUCCCGGCUGAUUGUAAAAAUUCAAGGUGUUUUAUGUAAAUUCUUAUAAAUAUAUCAUUUUCAUCAACAUCACGGUGAUUCACAGGAGUGUAAUUGUAGUUAAUGUCCAUCAAUUCAGGCUUGGUGUCUAUAUGAAGUUCUUGCUCAUCCACUGGCCUCCAUUUUCUCUUCAAUGUGGGAGAUUAGCUUCUGUUAAAGUUCAACGUGGACUAAAUCUAAGCUGCGUCACCCUGUAGGUUCUGAUCUCAAGCAACACCAUGUCUGGUUACUUAAAAUGUCACUCCCAAUUCUAUGAAUGAUAUAUAUCCAACAUCCUGGCAUGUAAUUGUUAUAUUUUCUGGGGACGUUCAUUUUAAACAAAACAGAUUUUACAGGAUGUUGCUGUUCGAUGUGUAAUUUAUUUUGUAUUUCAUGUCCAGGUCCUUUUUGUGGCUGAUCUUAAAUGUAUUUUUGUUUCAAUCACAACGUGUACAUACUGCCUCUUGUUCGUAAACCCAUCAGGAAUAACAGGGCAGCACUCCAGAUCUGAGCAGUGUUUGUAUGUUCACAUCACCCUCCACACUAAGCCCCCUCCCCUCAGUGUAGAAAUGAUUCACCUGGUAAUCGUGUCACUCGGCUUGGGUGUACUUGACUGCACCUUGACUGACAGGAUGCUGUCGGCAGGUGUGAAACUGUUGUUUAACCUGUCAGUCAAGUGUGCGGUGCUGUGGUCUGUGCAGAGAGCAGACUGCAUUUGCUUAUACUGACAUGUUUAAUCCAGGAGGGGAUCUGCUCUGCUGCUCUAUAGAAGUUUCAGUGAAGGUAAGGUACGCUAGAUCUGAAGUGCAUCAUAAACUCAAGCCAUCUAGCAAUACUCAAACCUGCCUGUGCAACUCCAGCACAGUGGCUGAUGAAGUCUGGCAGCGUGCAAACUCUUGCCAGCUAACAGUGUUUAAUCCACAGCAGGGUCUGACAUUAACAGCUGCAGAAUGCCGUCCUCUGCCAAUAAAAUAUCACUCAAGACAGUCAUAGUGACGUCUCUGUAACAUAAUGAGUUGUGUUGUACUUCAUGUAUGGAUAACAAACUCCUUCCACUGUGUGAGUGAGUUAACAAAUUAAAAAAGACACAUUUGGAAAGUA